AGAGGUCCGACAGAAGGUAGGAAGUAAAAUUAUUGUGCAGUGGUUGCAAAGGUCCGGCCGUGCGUUUAUCACUUGAAAUUGAUUUUAUGCCUUCGAAUACGUUACAUCAAUGACAAGCACCACUGCACCGCAGAGGAGAGCUGACUAGAGGGCGGGGCCUGAGCCAGUCAGCAUGGCGUCUGGCAGCCAGUCGGUACGUGCGCAGAAUAGCCAUGGGCUAAAGCAAAUCGACCUGGACCAGAUAUGGGGCGACCUGCGCGAGGGCAUCGAGCAGGUGUACACCAACAAGCAGGACAACAUGUCCAAGACUCGCUACAUGCAGCUCUAUACACAUGUCUACGACUACUGUACCAGCGUGCAUCAAGGUGGCUCACGGACACCAACUGCCAAAACCAAGAAGAAUCAGCCUGUUGGUGGUGCACAGUUUGUUGGCUAUGAGCUGUACAAACGUUUGAAAGAGUUCCUCAAGAAUUACCUUGUCACCCUCCUUAGGGAUGGAAUUGACCUUAUGGAUGAAGAUGUCCUACGGUUCUACACUAAGGAGUGGGAAGAGUACCAGUUCUCUAGCAAGGUGCUCAAUGGCAUCUGCUCCUACCUCAACCGGCACUGGGUUAAGCGAGAGUGCGAUGAAGGAAGGAAGAACAUCUAUGAGAUUUACCAGUUGGCUUUGGUGUCCUGGAGGGACUGCUUCUUCACACCAUUGCACAAACAGGUGACCAAUGCUGUGCUUAAGCUAAUUGAAAAGGAGCGGAAUGGUGAGCCGAUCAACACGAGGCUGGUCAGUGGCGUCAUGUUCUGCUAUGUCGAGCUUGGCCUGAAUGAGGAAGAUCCAUCAGCCAAGGGGCCUAACCUGUCAGUGUACAAGGAUGCAUUUGAGAAUACGUUCCUUGAGGACACUGAACGGUUUUACAACAGGGAGAGCAUGGAGUUCCUGAGGCAGAACCCUGUCACCGAGUACAUGAAAAAGGCGGAGCAGCGCCUUACCGAAGAGCAGCGGCGAGUUCAUCUGUACCUGCAUGAGACAACGCUGGAGGCGCUUGCUAAGACAUGCGAGAAGGUGCUGAUAGAGAAGCACCUGGAGAUCUUCUAUGCUGAGUUCAAGAACCUGCUCAGCGACGACAAGGACGAGGAUCUCGGACGAAUGUUCCAGCUUGUGUCACGCAUUGUUGACGGGCUUGGUGAACUGCGCACUCUGCUUGAGGAGCACAUACAGGCCCAGGGCCUGUCUGCCGUGGAGCGGCUAGGCGAGGCGGCUGCCCAGGACCCCAAGCUGUACGUGGCCACCUUGCUGCAGGUGCACCGCAAGUACAAUGCACUUGUGAUCAAUGCCUUUGCAACUGACGUGGGCUUUGUUGCUUCUCUUGACAAGGCUUGUGGUAAGUUCAUCAACAACAAUGCUGUCACAAGGCUUGCCAACUCAUCUAGUAAAUCGCCUGAACUGCUGGCGAAGUACUGCGACAUUCUGCUGAAAAAGAGCUCUAAAAACCCAGAAGAAUCGGAACUUGAGGAUACUCUUAAUCAAGUGAUGAUAGUGUUUAAGUACAUAGAAGACAAGGAUGUGUUCCAGAAAUUCUACAGCAAAAUGUUGGCCAAGCGGCUAGUGCAGCACAUGUCGGCCAGUGACGAUGCUGAGGCCAGCAUGAUCUCCAAGCUCAAGCAAGCCUGCGGCUUUGAGUACACCUCGAAGCUCCAGCGCAUGUUCCAGGACAUUGGAGUGAGCAAGGACUUGAAUGAGCAGUUUAGGAAGCACAUGGUUAACACUGAGGAUUCUCUUGGAUUGGACUUCAGUAUACAGGUUCUGAGUUCUGGGUCAUGGCCAUUCCAACAGUCAUUCACAUUAGCACUUCCUCAGGCGCUGGAGCGAAGCGUCCAACGCUUCACCAUGUUCUAUAGUAGCCAACACAGUGGCCGCAAGCUCCACUGGCUCUACAACAUGUCCAAAGGGGAGCUGGUUGCCAACUGCUUUCACAGGAACCGUUACACAUUGCAGGCAUCCACCUUCCAGAUGGCUGUUCUGUUGCAGUACAACAUUGAGGUGUCUUAUACAGUACAACAGCUUCAAGAAGGAACUGGCAUCAAAAUGGACAUACUGCAGCAGGUGCUGCAGAUUCUGCUCAAGUCAAAGCUGCUUGUGUGCUCGGAGGAUGAGGACUCCUCGCAGGGGGGAAACUUUGAAUUGCGGCCCGAUUCAGUCGUGUCCCUAUAUGAGGACUACAAGAACAAGAAGUUGCGCGUCAACAUCAACGUCCCCAUGAAGGCUGAGAUGAAGGUAGAGCAGGAGACCACUCACAAGAACAUUGAAGAGGACAGGAAGAUCCUCAUUCAGGCCGCUAUUGUGCGUAUCAUGAAGAUGCGCAAGACAUUGAAACACCAGCAGCUCUUGGCAGAAGUCCUGAAUCAGCUGUCCUCGAGGUUUAAACCCAGGGUGCCUGUAAUUAAAAAAUGCAUAGACAUUCUAAUAGAAAAGGAGUACCUGCAGAGAGCAGACGGUCAGAAGGACACUUACACCUACCUUGCAUGAGGCGCCAAGUCUGGCUGGAUGGAGAGAGGCAGGUUCCUUAAGAGCCAGGAGACAGCACAUAAAACAACAGCAACCACCAGACGUGCACGCAAGCGAGGCAGUGAGAAAGGCCCGCAAGGAAAUUGCUGCCACCAACAACUCCUCUUGUAGAUGUGCUGUACUGACAAAGAAAAAGCAAGGUUUGGGGGGUGACAAACAGGUGCUGUGUGCUGGCUCGCCUUCAGAAAGACCUCGCUGCAUUCCCAGUCGUCAUGGAGAGAAUGGUGUAGAUCCUGCCAAGUUUUGAUUUUCUUCACGCCUGCCUCCUCCCUCACCCACUGUUAGCUGCAACCACCACAACUGGAAGAAGAAUGUCUGAUGCCUCCGGGACCUGCUGACCUCCUCCCAACAAACUUGCCUGCAUCUUAAAAGUGACUCGACGUUGCACUGUUAUGUGCUGCUGGAGACGACGGACCGUGGUGGAUGCUGUAACGUGCUGCCGCUUGUUCCCUUCUCCCUUCUAGAGAAUGGCGGAGGGGACUUCAAAUAGCAUGGGAGAAAGAGAAAACAAAAUGGGAAAUGAAGAGCCUCUGUUGUGACUUUGUAGCACGUGCUGUUGGUUGCCACUGUACGUCACUAGUAAGCAAAGGUGUGCGUGAAGUGUGCGUUGCGUUGCCAGUGUGGUGUGGCGGCGCCCUAGGAACAUUUUUCUUUGCCCGUUGGCAUUUGUUGCAGCAGGCACAUACCCCCCCUUCUAUUGUGCAUAGGCCUGAUGACAACCUGGAACUUGGAAACAAAACAGUGUGCAGUGCUAUGUUCUUUUCCUAUUGCGCAGAACCCGCAUUUUAAUUUUUUUUUUACAUGUCUUUAUUCCUUCUUUUUUUUCUAGCCCCGUCCCCUCCCUUGUCAUCGUGUUUUGUUUCCGUGCCUGUGUCUCAUGACAUCACUCUGCAGGGUCUUUGUCCUAUACGUGUCGCCUCUGUAUCACUACACCUUUUUGUAGGGCCACUAUCUCAUGGGUCUUAACUGUAAUCCCCUCCAGUCCUUUUUCAGUGAACAGCAUAAGCACAAAACAACAAAAAGGAAAGCAUGUUACAGGGGUUUUGAUAUCAAUUUCUCUUGUGAUAGCGGCAACAGUUUCGUUGUUGCACUCAUUGUAGGCACCGCAGUGUGCUUAGAGGUGCACUUUUGAUUCUUUUAUUGUUGAUUUGUUAGUUCGCUUACCCUCGCCCCUCUUUCUUUCUCCUCCUUUUGGAGGUGCGUAUAGGAGGCACUGUUGCUGCUUUCAGGGGUGUCGUCGCGUAGUUCAGUUUGCUCGUGGCUUGGGAGAAUGACUGUUUUCCUAAUUUUGUUGAUGUGCUCCUCCAUCAAAAGGGUAAGGUACCCCCAUUUCACGCAAGGCAACAGCCGCUUCCCCGGGAAAUGCUGACCGCGUUGUGUACAAGAGUGCUGAAAUUUGGAUACUGAGGAGCAAUAAAAAACACUGUGCACAGAA